AGCAAUCCUCCCCCAUUAUCAGAUCGAACGUCCCAUUUUUCAUAUCACCUCUCUUUCUCUCUCCUCUCUCUUCUCCUUCCUCCUCUUUCUCCCCUCCCCUGUACAAAUUCAUUUUUUCAAAAUCAUUUUCUCAUCAACACUUUCCCAAAAAUAAAUACUUUCAAUUCCCAUUUUAUAUUUUCCUACACACAAAAUAUCCCAUUUUUUUUGAUUUUUAUUUUUAAAGUUUUGAUUUUGGUUGGUUGUAAAACGCUUCCAUCGUCAGUCCAAUCUCAAUUUAUAAUUUUAAUCAAUUAAUAGUAAAAAAUAAUAAUUGUAGACAUUUUUAGCUAAAUUUUUUACAUUUACAAUCAAAAAUUAAAAUUGACUUAAAAUUGAAAAAAAAUAAGUUUAUAAAAGGGGAACGCCAUUUUUAUAUUUUGAUUGGAGGUUUGUAUUGAGGAGGAUAUGCUGAACAUGUCCUCAAUCUUUCCUCUCAUCAGAUCUUAGCCUUAAUUUUCUGUCAAAUUCUGCAUCCGGGGUCUUCUUCAAUUGCUGGAAAUAUGCAAUCCGACCUUGGUAAGCUAUUUAUUGGUGGAAUAUCGUGGGAGACGAAUGAGGAACGCCUUAGGGAAUAUUUUAGCACCUUUGGUGAGGUGAUUGAAGCUGUAAUCAUGAAGGAUCGGACUACAGGCCGUGCUCGGGGCUUUGGUUUCAUUGUAUUCUCUGACCCAGCUGUUGCGGACAGAGUUGUUCAGGAGAAACACAACAUUGAUGGAAGAAUGGUCGAGGCAAAGAAGGCUGUUCCAAGAGAUGAUCAAAACAUUCUGAGUAGAACCAGUGGCAGUGCACAUGGUUCUCCAGGUCCAAGCCGCACUAGGAAGAUUUUUGUAGGAGGCUUAGCUUCCACUGUUACGGAGAGUGAUUUUAAAAUGUAUUUUGAGCAAUUUGGGCAAAUUACAGAUGUUGUUGUUAUGUACGAUCAUAAUACACAGAGGCCAAGAGGUUUUGGGUUCAUCACUUAUGAUUCAGAGGAAGCAGUUGAUAGGGUCUUAACCAAAACGUUCCAUGAACUAAAUGGUAAGAUGGUUGAGGUCAAGCGUGCUGUCCCCAAAGAAUUAUCACCUGGUCCAAGUCGUAGUCCAAUUGGUGGUUAUAAUAAUUAUGGUCUAAACAGGGUCAACAACUUCCUAAAUGGCUACAAUCCAAGUGCACUUGGAGGUUAUGGAGUAAGAAUGGAUGGCAGAUUCAAUGCAAUGGCAAGCGGACGAAGUGGGUUCCCUCCAUUUGGUUCUGGAUUUGGAAUGGGUGUGAAUUUUGAGCAAGGUCUAAAUGCUAAUUAUGGUGGAAGCGCUAACUUCGGUAGCAGUCUCAGCUACGGACGUGGUGUGAGUCCCUACUAUAUUGGAAACUCUAAUAGGUUUGGUAGUCCGGUUGGUUACGAUGGUGGAAAUGGGGGAAGCUCAUCCCUUUUUAGCUCAACUAGGAACCUUUGGGGAAACGGGGGACUCAGUUAUGGCUCAAACUCUUCUACUUCAGCUACUUUUAAUGGGUCUGGAACUGGUAAUGUUGGAGGAAGCUUUGGAAGUGGUAAUGUCAACUGGGGUUCUUCACAAGUGUCUGGCCAGGGUGGGGGAAAUGCUGUUGGCGGUGGUGGGAACCUGAGUUAUAAUGGGGUUGAUAACAAUUAUAAUUUGAGUGGGGGAGGCUAUGGAAGAAACACUGGAAAUAAUGCAGCUCCAGCAUCAUCAUCUUAUGCGUCAUCAAAUGGUGGUGCCUACGAUGGGGCAUUUACAGACUUAUAUAGCAGUAGUUCGAUUUAUGGAGAUUCUCCUUGGAGAGCUGCAACUCCUGAGAGAGAUGGUUCUAGCUCUUUUAGUUAUGGCCUUGGUAAUGGCGCUUCAGAUGUCUCUGCUAAAGGCUCUGCUGGGUUUGUCGGGGGAUAUAGUGUUAAUAAGAGACCACCAAACAGAGGACUACCUAGCUAGAGGGAAAAAUAUCAGGAACUUGUUGUAGAUGGAGCAGUCCGGCAAAGCAGAUGAAAGGUGACUGAAUAUAGUCCAGUUUAAAUUCUGAAAAGUUAAUUGGUUACAUAGAACUGACUGGAGUGCCUGUUUUGAAGAUUACAUAGUGUUAGGGAAGUUGUUGUAAGGGAUUUUGUUUUUGUGGCUUGAGUAUUUCGAGUCAUCAUUCUAGGGUUUUUGAGUGAGGUGUAAAAUCAGAUUGCGGGAUAUAGCCAAAUUGUAUCAUUCAUCUCCGGGAGGUGCUGGGAUACGUGGUAAAGGAUAGACUAGCCCCUUUAUUUUUCUCUUUUAUUUUUCCAAUUUUCCCAUCAUUUUUCUUUACUUUUCUUUUUUGUUUUCUAUAUAGUAUUUUGUUUUGUGCUGUAAUAGGUAUGGCAAAGUACCGGUUCUUGUUAAGUACGUUUUUCAUUUUUCUUUUGGAUUGUAUGGGGCUUCUUGUUGGCUGAUUUACUAGUGUGGAACGAUUGAAGGAAUCCAACUAGGGUUCUCAUGAAUAAGGUUCUUUUUUACAUUUUUCCGAUAUGAAAACUUUCAGUGGUUGCUGAAGCUUAAUUUUCUGCUAA